GCAAUUUGAACGCUCCUGAGCCUGCCAAAAGGGUCCGAACAACGCACUGAGCCCUAAUGUUUUCGAUCAGGGGUUUAUCGCGAGCUUCCACACAGGCCGCCCGCCGUGUCACGAAGGUGGCUUGUGUCCCAGAGGCGGCCGCAAUUGCAAAUACAAGCCGACGCCGCACCCUGUCCUCAACAGCGGCGCCUCCGCCGUUCCCGACGGUCGACCAAUGCCCGUCGCCGACGUGCCCCUGCGCCGCGACGCCCGAGCUACCCGACGGGCUAGAAAUUGACCACACGUCGCCCCUUAACGGCGUCAUGACGGCCUACCACCAGCACGUCCUGGUCUGCACUGGCCGCGACGACUGGCCGUCCCGAAUCGAGGAGGACCACAGCGGCGACAACCUGGCCGCCGACCUGCGCGAGCUGUUUGGCCGCGGGGGGCGGUAUAGCGACCCGUACCACAACAUCUCGGUCCUAAACUCGUCCUUCCCGUCCUCGCCGCUGCCGGGCCGGGCCGACGUGGAGUCGACGUCGGCCUACCUGCUCCCGAGCUUCAAGCACGUACCGUUCCUGCCGCGCGUCUCGUUCGACCACGUCGACGCUCUGGCCCGCGCCUACCUGCUGCCCGAGCGCCUGCACCCGGCCCACGACGCCGAGUCGCCCGUCCACCGCGACCGCCUCGUGCGCCAGCCCGCGUACCGCACCGCCCUGCGGGGGGUGGCCGACGUGCGGGACGUGCUCGUGCUCGCGUGCGGACACGGCGGCCGCGACGCGCGCUGCGGCAUCUACGGACCCGUCCUGCGCGCUGAGUUUGAGCGUGCGCUGCCGCGCCUCGGCGUUCGGGUGCUGCACGGGCCGGUCCGCUUGCCCGAGGCGGACGACGGUGGCGGUAGUGAUGGUGCUGAAAAGGAGCUGCCGGCUGCUGGGGAUGCUGAAAGGGGAGAUGUGCACUGCACGGCGAGGGUCGGGCUCAUAAGCCACAUUGGCGGCCACAAGUUCGCCGGGAACGUGAUUGUGUACCUGCCGCCGGGCCUGCGGGACUACCGGGGCGAGCCUCACGCGCUCGCCGGCCAUGGGAUCUGGUACGGGAGGGUCGAGCCGCGGCAUGUGGAGGGGAUCAUCAGCGAAACGAUCAGGAAGGGGGUCGUCAUCAAGGAGCUUUUCAGGGGCGGCAUCACCCGAGACAGCAAGAUCUUGAGGCUUUAAAAUGUUGGGCGCUUGGACUAUAGCACGAAAAGCUUAGUAUAAUACCACUAGCCGUAGGUACUCGUUUACGCCUGAAAGGUGUAUGUGUUUGGGGGAAGGCUGGCCGUGGGAGACUGGCUUAUACGAGGUGGUUGCAGGGUUAGGGUUGGUGUUGAUAAGAUAGCCUUCAAAACUACUUGGAGUCCGCAACCUGCAUCCAUUCC